GCCAUGGCGGAGUCCAACCCGCUGCGGGGGUUCCCCCGUCUCCGCCGGGCCGCGACCUCAUUUCCAGGCAACCUGCACUUGGUCCUGGUUCUCCGCCCCUCCAGCCUGCUAAGCCCCGCCCCCAGUCCCACCUCCAGCACCGACCUGGGCUUCCGCUUCAGCCAGGAUGACUUCAUGUUAAAGAUGCCGGUGGUGAUGCUGCGUUCAGUGGGUGAUCUGCUCCGCUACAUCGACGAACACCACCUGACCUCAGACUUCACUGGAACAGUGCAGUAUUGCCAUAGUGACUGGAUCGUCCUUCGCACGGCCAUUGAGAGCUUUGCGGUGACAGUGAAGGAGAUAGCCCAGCUGCUGCAGGGCUUUGGGUCAGAGCUGUCUGAGACUGAGCUUCCCGAUGAAGCUAAUGCCAUUGAGUUCCUGUUGCACUCACACACACAUCGAUACCGACAAAUGAAGGAUGACAUUCGGAGUGUGCUGAAGGAGGGGCGCAUUCUGCAGUCCAACCUGGAAACUGCAAAGGCCUCCAGGAGAGAUGGAGUGGAGGAGAGAGACAUACAAGCUGACAUGGACACAGUGCAGAGGCUCCUGGCCCAGCUCAGAGACAUGGAGGAGGCGUUCGAUGGCUUCUUUGAAAAACACCACCUGAAACUGCAGCAGUACCUCCAGCUGCUCCGCUAUGAGAUCAAUUUCCAGCAGAUGGACGAGUUGCUGGAGAGGCUCUCUGACCAGGAGAAGGAGAUUCCCUCCGUGGGGUCCACGGUGGUUCAAACAGAGCAGCUGCUGAAAGACCUGGAGAUGCUGGACAGCCACGCUCAGGAGGAGAUGGGUCGUGCUCAGGUGGUGAUCCUGCAUGGCCACCAGUUGGCGGCCAACCACCACUACGCCCUGGCGCUCAUCAUCCAGCGCUGCAACGAGCUGCGACAUCACUGUGAUGUUCUCACCACCUCCAUACGCGCCAAGAGAGCCUCACUCACUCGAGCAAAGGACCUGCUGCUGCGUCUUGAAGAGGCCCUGCGGUGGUGCGAUGAGGGUGCUUACCUGCUGGCGAGCCAGAUGGUGGACAGGUUCCAGACUAAAGAGGGAGCACAGGAGGCUCUGCAGUGCCUUAGCUGUCACCAGGAGAGGGCGCCCUCCUACCUGAAAAACAGCCAGGACACUCUGAGCCUGGAGUUUGAAGCCAUACUCACCCCGCAGCUGCAGUCCCAAAUUUCCAUGGUAACGGAGAAGCUGAGCUCAGUCCAGUCCAUGAUCAGGAACAGAGAGCAGUGUCUGAGGAAGCUGGCAGACAUCCAGGUCCGACCCAUCCAGCUGGUGGCCCCGAGGCCUGAGCCCGACCAGACCUCACAACGCUGCAAGUCACCCCUCUUCUCCCCUAAACAUGGUGUGGACUUUAAUGUCUUGAACUCCAAGUUCUCCUUUGACCUGCUUCCUGGCAAGAGAGCCUCCCGAAGAAAUAACAGCCAACGCAAGAUCGAGGUGAUGCACGAUUACCAGGGCAACCGCAGCUGUCUGUACGGCCCGGCCCCCGACACUGACUCUGAGGCAGAAGAUAACCCCGAGCAGGUCACACGCCAUAUUAUGAAGGAGUUGAUAGCGACAGAGAGGAUCUAUGUGGAUGAGUUGCUCUCGGUCCUGCUGGGCUACAGGGCAGAAAUGGAGGACCCAGCCAUGUCCAGUCUUCUUCCCUCAGCUCUUUGCAGCCAGAAGGACGUUCUGUUUGGCAACAUGCCGGAGAUUUACCAGUUCCAUAGCAGGAUCUUCCUCCAAGAUCUGCAGGGUUGCCUGGAGACGCCAGAGAGGGUGGGGGCCUGCUUCCUGCAGCGGAAGGAGAAGUUCCAGGUGUACGAGCGCUACUGCCAAAAUAAGCCUCGCUCUGAGUUGCUAUGGAGACAGUGCUCUGAUUCGCCCUUUUUUCAGGAGUGCCAGAAGAAGCUGGACCAUAAAUUGGGUCUGGACUCUUACCUACUGAAACCAGUCCAGCGCCUCACCAAGUACCAGCUGCUACUCAAGGAGCUGCUGAAGCACUGUACAGAGGACCAGUACCGCUGUGAACUCCAGGAGGCGCUACACUCCAUGCUGGAGCUGCUCAAGGCCGUCAACGACUCCAUGCAUCAGAUAGCCAUCACUGGAUAUCAGGGUGACCUGAGCCAGCUGGGCCGAGUGGUGUUGCAGGGAGGCUUCAGCGUGUGGAUCAGCCAUAAGCGAGCGGCGGUGCGCAUGAAGGAGCUGGCCAGGUUUAAACCCAUGCAGAGACAUCUCUUCCUCUACGAACACGCACUGCUCUUCUGCAAGCGCAGAGACGAGGACACACUUGACAGGACGCCAUCCUAUAGCUUCAAACACUGCCUCAGAAUGAGUGCAGUAGGAAUCACAGAAAAUGUGAAAGGAGAUGUGAAGAAGUUUGAGAUCUGGUACAGCGGCAGGGAAGAGGUGUACAUCGUUCAGGCUCCCACAGUGGAGGUGAAAGUUUCUUGGCUGACGGAGAUUCGUAAAAUUCUUACCAACCAGCAGAAACUGCGCAACGAUGAGGCUCCUUCCCUUCCUCUGUCAGAUGCUCCUCUCUCUGACAGCUCCACAGCAACAAGCCACUCCUAUAGGCUCCGGGGGGAGGAGUCAAUACACACAAGCCCCGCCCUCUCAGACCCAGUGGUCCGCUCACCUCGACGCAGCUGGCCCGCCCCUGCCCACUCAGUGGCCAUCUGUGAGGGUCUGGAGGACUGGGGUGCAGCGACAGACCUCUCCAACCUGUCAGACUCAGAUGAGGAGGAUCAGCCUGCCCCCUUGGUGGCUGGUAGGUACAGGGUCAUGGUGGAGAGCAGCAUGGCCAGUACUGAUGACAUCAUCUUUAACUGCGGUGAUGUCAUCCAGCUGCUGCAUGAGGAUUCAUCAGGAAUGUGGAUGGUGAAGAAUGUAAGUCGUGGUGAAGAAGGGCGUGUCCUGCCUGAGGACCUGUACAGGAUUCUGGGAGAGACGUGCUGAGAACCAAUCAGAACAGAGGAUGAGUGAUUAAGUGUCCGUGAUGUGUUUCCUUUCUGUUUUCUUACUCAUAUUGUUGGCUCUCCUCGCCUUGAUUUCAAUGGGACCCUCAUGCACACACACGAACACACACACACACACACACACACACACACCACUACAUCUUACACACACAUAGUACAUUCAGUUCUUAAUCAAAACCAGGCAAAUGACUGACAGGACACUCACCCACCAGUCAGAUAGAAGCACAACGACAUAAACAACAUAAUUUCAUUUUACCCUAACGUGACGUUACCACCUCAGAAGGCUGCAAGCUGCAGAACGAACCUAAGAAGACUGCAACAAUGCAAGUUACAUACCAUGGACCUCACAAUACUAGAGACUGUCUUUUCCACUAGUUAUACAAUAUUAUCUUUUGGACUAGGGGUUAGAAUUGAAGACAUGGGAACGGGGUCUUUAUUCAUACAUGUGGACGUUUUGGUUAAGACUUUGAGUCAAGUUUUAUUGUUCUCUAUUUUCUUAUCCAGUACCACCGUGAUUGUCACAGACACCAUGCGUAGGCCUACCAACAUAUCAUUACAGUUGAUGUGCCAAACUACUUCGCUAAUUAUUGUGGCUUCCUUUUGUAUAACACUGUCCUGCUCUGCUGCUGUGGCUAGCAGCUUUACCUGGUAGUAUCCAGCAUUUAAAUCAAUUAUGUAUCAUUAUGGUCCAGCAGCUAGCUACCAGCUACAGAUGCAUCCACUGUAUAAGUGUCACUUUGACACACUUGCUGUCCUGCUGCAGUAUUGUUUCCCAGCUCCCCAGAGCAAUUAUCUGAGGUGAUUCCUGCAGUACUUGUGUGUGAUAGCUGCAGUGUGGGCUAGAUUGGCUGCCUACUGGAGCUGGUUGUUGUAACUCAGAUGAUAGUGUGGCAAGCUUUGAUACAUAAUUAUGAAGGAGCUCCGUCAUGAGGAAGUUGAUUUGCCUAUUAACUUUUGCUGCUGCUGCAAUUAUGUUUUUGUUCUGUUUUUCUUUGGGAUUUUGCUAAUCUUUGAUUGGUGAUUGUGCUGCAACUCUUCUGUCACACUCUGGUCUUCCUCAGCUGCUGCUGUAACUACCACUAGGGCAAAGCAAGCUUUAUGUUUUUGUUUCGUCACUGCUCUGCAUGGACUACUGGCUCUUUGCACAACCCAUCCCUGGUGCUGUACCUCUGCCUGCAUUUAUGGUUCACACCAAGCGAGGCAGCUAUGCUCAGUGUUGGGUAGCAACUGUAAAGGUAAUCCUCAUAAUAAAAUUACAAAAAUAAAAUGACAGUAAAUGGUCCAGAACAUUUAUUGUUGUCUUUUGAAGGAUUACAGUUACAUUGUGGUAUUACUUCAUGAAUUGUUGGUAAAAAUGCCUGAAAGGUUAAAGUUAUGAGAACGGGAUGUUACAGCAGCUGUUUUUUGAAAGAUCAAAACAUUCUAAGGCCAUAUGAAAGUGUUUUUAUAUUGCAAAUGGUGGGCACAUUUUUCAUUAAUCGUGUUAAGUGGUCAUGAGUGGGUUUCUGUCUGAAGGGCAGCACUACAUGAUCACCAAAGCCAUUUGUAAACACUGAACAUUUAUAAGUAGAAGUGUGAUAGUAGUCGAAAUGAUAGCAUUUAGGUGGGUUGUCAAAUGUUGAUACUCAUCCACAUGUUUAAAAGUGUGUCACUUAGUGUGUCACUAAUUUUCACAUCAUUGUGAGGUACACCUGGAACUCAUCAGAUGUUUUAGUGACAUGUAAUAGCCAUUUGAUACGAGUUGAGUAUCAGGAUCAGACAAUCCAAAAUGAGUGUGAUCAUCUAAAAAAAAAUCAGCAAUAAAAUAAGUAACUCAUUAUAUUUUUUCAUGUUCCGUUCAUACUUAAUCAGCCGUAAGUACAUUUUUGGAGUAAUCCACCCAACACUGAUUUUGCUGUAACAUGGUGAAUGGGUUUUUACUUUGCCUUUGUUCAGCCAGACUGGUCUCUUCAAGAUGUGUCUUUUCCAAGAGACCAGAAACUAGUGUUUGCUGCUUCUGCUCAUUCUGCACUUUUAUGGAUGUUUGGAAUUAUUGUGAAAGUUUAAAUGUAUUAUAAUGCAUACUGUAUAUGAUUAUUUUCCCAAA